AUGGCGGCAACGAGUGACGAAGAAAUGGACUCACUUCUCUCAGCUUUCAAUCAGAUCCACGAGGAUGUAAAGAUUAGCAUUUCGGAAUUCCAGUCACUGCAAUCCAAACACAGUUCAGAGUUAAAAUUGCGAGAAUCGCUCCAAAUCACUUGCAAUAACCUCAAAAAAGAAAAUGAAGAAUUGGCGAAACUGUAUUCAGAGUCCUUGAAGAAUGUGGCUGACCAGCUUGAUUUUCGAGCGAAAUGUAUGAAUUUCAAAGAAGAGCUUGAAAGAUCGAAGAAUGAAGUUAUUGCUAAAGAAGAUGGACAUAGGAGGGCUUUGAAAUUGCUUGAGGAAGAAUAUGAUGGAAAAAUUGCUAGUUUAGAAGCGAAACUUAAGGAAUCACUACAAGAGAAAGCAGCAUAUGAAGCAACCAUAAGUCAACUUAAUGGAGAUAUAGCAGCCCAUAAAAAUCAUAUGCAAGUUCUAUCAAACCGGUUGGACCAAAUCCAUUUUGAAGUGGAAUCAAAAUAUAGUUCUGAAAUCCGGGAUUUGAAAGAUUGCCUUAUGGCUGAACAGGAAGAGAAAAAUGACUCAAACAGAAAAAUGCAAAAUUUGGAAAAAGAAUUGCUGCUUUUUAAAGCAAAGAUGGUUGAUCAACAACAAGAAAUGACAUCAAAUUGGCAGGUGGAAACACUUAAGCAGAAAAUCAUGAAACUAAGAAAGGAGAACGAGGUCCUGAAAAGAAUGUUCUCUCAAACUGAGGAGGGUAAGUAA